AUGGAUAUAACUCACGCUAACAUAUAUAGUUCGACUCAAUCGAGAUCUCGAUCGAAGUCAAGAACCAGAAAUUCAACCGCUAAUUCUAGAUCCACAAGCUCGAGUAGAAGACCUACAUUUGGACGUAAAAGGUCACUUUCUUCAUCGUCGACUAGUAAGCUUACUAUAACACCAACCGCUCUUGAUGAUGAAAGAUUAAUUCCAACAGUACAAGCCACCUUAGAUAACAGUGUACCUUUAGAUUUUUUUAAACAGGAUAUUAUUGCUAUGGUCAAGGCUCUUCGUAUUAGCAAAUGGCAUAAAAGACAAUUGACAAUUUCAAACAUGUCUGUGAAUAGAAUUUCAGGGGCAUUGACUAAUUCAAUAUAUAAGGUAGAGUAUAGAGACGAACAACAGAACUUCGUGUUACCUACGUUGUUAUUAAGAGUUUAUGGGAAAAACUUAGAUUCAAUAAUUGAUAGGGAAAGGGAGUUAAGCGUUUUGGUUAAAUUGUCCCAGAGAAACAUUGGUCCUAAAUUGUUAGGGAUUUUUCAAUGGUAG